AUGGGCAACGAUAUGACAUACAUACUGACGUCUCUAGGUCGCCUCCCCCAAUCACCAGCCUUGUACACAGGCACAACAACCGGCCUCGAAGUCCUCGGCGACAUAUCCGACACCUACGUCCGCGGCACCUCUCUCCUCCCCUCCAUAUCCCACCCCCUCACCCGCCACGGCAUAAUCGGCGGUCCCAUCCACCGCGACGCCGAAGACGCCCGCAAAGCCGAAGAAGCCCGUCUCCAAGCCAUCGCCGACGCGGAAGAAGUCGAGAAGAGGAAGGCUGGCCUACUGCGUGCGAGGGAUAUGAAGGUCAACCAUAACCGACCCAUGUUUAAUGGGCCGAUGGGUAGACCUACAGUGGACGCGUAUGGCCAGCAUAUCAGUUACAGGGGCGAUGGGGGCGUUAGUAAGUAUACGGUGCCGAUGCCGGUGGGCGGUGGCGGGAAUGCCAACAGGGGGUUUGUGGCGCCGGAGUUUGCACAUUUGCUGAGUGGGAGUAACAGGAAGAGGAGGCUGUUUCCGAGUGAGAGGUUGGAGUGA